UAUCCCUCUCUCAUCAGAGCCCGAAGAAAAUAACAGCGAAAUCUCGUCCCUUUCUUAAAAAAAAAAAAAGGUCCCGGCCCCCAAUCCCGAUUCCAAAAUUCUCAGAAAUGCAUAGAUCCGAUCCCUCCCCUCGAAACUCCCACCCAAACUAGGGUUUUGCGACGGCGAAGCGGAGGAAGGGAUCAUGUUCUACGGGGCUGCGGCCUGGGACCCGUGGCUGAUCGCGUCUCAGAUCGUCUGCCUCCAGUGCCUACAUUACCUAACCCUCGGGGUCCUCAUGUCCAUCUUCGUCGGGACCCGCGUCUCCAGGAUGAGCCUGAUGUACUUCUUCGAUUUCUCCACGGUCACCGUCUCGACGGCCACGGGGUGGUGCGCGAUCGUCUCGUUCCUCCUCACCUCGGUCAUUGGGGCAGUUUACAUGCUUUAUUUGAUUGAGAGAGCCAAGAAGUGCUUUGAUUUUUCAGCUACCGUGUAUAUUGUCCAUCUAUUUUUGUGCAUCAUGUAUGGAGGGUGGCCGUCUUCUUUUAUAUGGUGGAUUGUAAACAUUGCUUGCCUAGCUUUGAUGGCUUUCCUUGGGGAAUGGCUGUGCAUCAACCAUGAAAUGCAAGAAAUUCCUAUUACACGGCUUCGUUCAAAUGCUUGACUUCAGAAGCUGAAAGAACAUAGAAACGAUUUGCAAACCCUGCAGUGUUCGACAUUCGCUUAAUUUUCCUUUAUGAUAGUAUGAAUUUGAUUCUUCUGACGGUCAUGGAGAAGUUUGCAGGUGAAGAACAGAUACCAAACUGUAAGGGGCUACUUGACCUUCUUUGAGGGGGUCAUAUAUAUCUUAAUUUUUUUGGAUUUACUCUCAUGAAAAUGUAUACACAAACAAAUUUAUUGGUAGAUGGUCGAGUCAUUUCCUUGUAUCUUGUAUUUCACUAAUGGGCAAGUUGCUAAGUUUCUGUUGCUUUCUU